ACAACAGUGACUGACCUGCGGCUGAAGGGAGCACGUGUGGACUCGCAGGUCGAGCCAUGGCACUCCAGUUUAUUUACAGUCAUGAUGAUUUCCUCAGCCAUGUGCAACGAAGCUGUGAGACAACCACAAAGACACCAGCACCGUUUGACACUGUUAUUCAAAAUGGAUGGACAGAGAGAAUGGAAAAAGGUCUGUUCCGCUAUAAACUGAACGACCUGCAAACCUGUGUUCUGCCUGGCAACUAUGGCUACGUGGCUCAGCUCAAUAUACAGAGAGGCAUAGAGCGACGUAAACCUCAAGAGAUUCUCAGCAUUCAACAAGAAUUCAAUGACAAGCAGUUUAACUUCAACAAAAUCAAUCCAGAGGAAAUUAUAUGCGAGAUGACAAAGUGUGUAAACUCAAGGGAUGUUCUCAAUGCUCCUACUAGCAAAAUGACAGUGCUAGUUAAUGUUAGCCCUCUAGAGUUUGGCCACUGUCUAUUUGUUCCUGAUCCAUUACAAUGCUAUCCUCAAGUCCUCACAAAGUUUGCCAUUGCGGUUGGUAUAGAAAGUGUUUUCCUCAGUUCUGAUCCGGGAUUUCGAGUUGGUUUUAACAGUCUUGGAGCAUUUGCUUCUGUCAACCACCUCCACCUGCACGGGUAUUACCUUGACCACGAACUAGCCCUAGAAUCCAUUGCUGUAGAGCCGCUAGUCCCUGAAAAAGACUUCCAUCGCCUUAUUAACUACCAUGUCGGUUUUGUCUUUUACACUGAAGCAAAGUCUGUAGACAAAGUGGCAGAAAACAUAUGCAGAGUAACAGACUUUCUUGUAAAGCAAAAUAUCGCCCAUAAUUUGUUUCUCAGUAGAGGAUGUCCACCUCAUGUCCACAAACCCAGGGAAAUGGAAAACAGUUCGAGGAAAGGUGUUCGCAUUUUUGUGUGGCCUAGAAAAUCCUGCUUCGGUGCAAAGCAGGAGUCAGCGCUCAAUGUUGCUCUGUGUGAACUGGCGGGACAUUUGCCGUUCAAAAACAAGACGGACUUUGAGAAGGCAACAGAAGAAGGCGUUACAGAAAUUAUCAACAAAUAUCUUCUUCCUAAAGAUGAGUUUUUCAAUUUGGAGCAGCAGCUUAUACAGCAUUUGGGCAAGUCAUAAAGUAAUGUAGUACUGUACUGCAAAAUUUACAUUAAUGGGUCUAUGCUAUAAUGUUUUUUCCUCAUCAAAAACAUACCCUGAGUUAUGUUUUGUUUCAUUCACAAAUGCUUAACACAUAAUGCUGCAUAUUCAGGUUGUGUUCUUCUCUCAAACAGAAAACACUCUGUUCCACCUUGUAAUGUCAUGUGGUAAUACAGGAAGUGCUCCACUGAAUCAUUUGGAUCAUUUCAGCUCUGGAACUGCCAAUCUACUACUGAACUAAAGGUAAAAGGAGCUGUUAACUUGAAAACUGCCACUACAUGACAUCACAAGGUGGAAGAGAGCGUUUUGAGCUUUGGAGAUGUAGACAGACUAAUAAUGCAUGUGUGAAUGAAACAAAACACAACUCAGGGUAGGUUUUUGAGAAGGUAACAGCAUUAUACAAAGAAUUCACUUUACAUAAUAUGGGAAAACUGUAAUGUACAUCAACAUACUUGUAGAAGAGCCAAUACAAGAAACAGCAAGUCAAAUAAAAAAAAAAAAACUACAGAAUGUUUACAACCCCAAGUGUUAAUUUUUACAAGUGCCCUUCACAUUUGAAUGCAUUUAUUGCUCCUUAAAGUAAAAACAUAUUCAUUAAUUGAU